ACGUUGGCCGCCUGGUCUCGCUUUCUCUCUUGUCUUUUCUCAUUCUUUUGACUCCGCCUGACUUUGUCACCCCCAUGGCCUGGGGUUGGGUCUGAUCACCCCAAAAAAUUUUUCAUUAAGGAACAACCCAAAAGUAUUCUAAAGAGAACAGUGUAACAAACCUCCAGGUACCAUCACCCUGCCUCAACAAUUAUCAACUCAUAGCCAAUAUUGUUUCAACUAACUUCCACCCGCCCCUAAGCUGUAAGGACUUAAAAAAAAAUACCAGUACUAUAUCUAAGUUUUUGUUUUGUUUUGUUUUGUUUUUGAGAUGAAGUCUCACUCUGUCACCCAGGCUGGAGUGCAGUGGCGCAAUCUCGGCUCACUGCAGGCUCUUCCUCCCGGGUUUACGCCAUUCUCCUGCCUCAGCCUCCCGAGUAGCUGGGACUACAGGUGCCUGCCACCACGCCGGGCUAAUUUGUAGAGUAUUUUUAGUAGAGACGAGGUUUCACCGUGUUAGCCAGGAUGGUCUCUGACCUCGUGAUCCGCCCGCCUUGGCCUCCCAAAGUGCUGGCUGGGAUUACAGGCGUGAGCCACUGCUCCCGGCUAAAAUAUUUAACAAUUACGUAAUAGCACGAGAUACACAAGGCGUCCUUCCCAGGGUGUGUUAGCGUCUCUCCUACGGCGCCCGCCUAGCCCGGUGGUCCCAGCCCCCUGCGGGAGCUGCACACGCCCCGGAAACCUGGGACAGAGACUGAGUCCCUCUCCUUCCUGGUGGUGGUGACAGCACCUGCUCAGAUCUGGUCGGACGCCGCCGGCCGGAGCACCCAGCCCGGCGGAGAAGGAGCUCGUCCGGCGCUGGAGACUGGGACCUGGAGCCCCUUCCCCUACCGCACGUACGCCCCGCCCCGCGCACGCCCCCCCGCCCGCGCCUGGCGCAGCUUCACUCUGGAUGGUUCCUGUCCUCCCGCGGGUCCGAGGGCGCUGGAAAGCCAGCAGCGGCGAAGCGGAGAGGAGCCCCGCGCGUCUCCGCCCGCACGGCUCCAGGUCUGGGGUCUGCGCUGGAGCCGCGCGGGGAGAGGCCGUCUCUGCGACCGCCGCGCCCGCUCCCGACCGUCCGGGUCCGCGGCCAGCCCGGCCACCAGCCAUGGGCUCUGGCCCGCUCUCGCUGCCCCUGGCGCUGUCGCCGCCGCCGCUGCUGCUGCUGGUGCUGCUGUCUCUGCUGCCAGUGGCCAGGGCCUCAGAGGCUGAGCACCGUCUAUUUGAGCGGCUGUUUGAAGAUUACAAUGAGAUCAUCCGGCCUGUGGCCAACGUGUCUGACCCAGUCAUCAUCCAUUUCGAGGUGUCCAUGUCUCAGCUGGUGAAGGUGGAUGAAGUAAACCAGAUCAUGGAGACCAACCUGUGGCUCAAGCAAAUCUGGAAUGACUACAAGCUGAAGUGGAACCCCUCUGACUAUGGUGGGGCAGAGUUCAUGCGUGUCCCUGCACAGAAGAUCUGGAAGCCAGACAUUGUGCUGUAUAACAAUGCUGUUGGGGAUUUCCAGGUGGACGACAAGACCAAAGCCUUACUCAAGUACACUGGGGAGGUGACUUGGAUACCUCCGGCCAUCUUUAAGAGCUCCUGCAAAAUCGACGUGACCUACUUCCCGUUUGAUUACCAAAACUGUACCAUGAAGUUCGGUUCCUGGUCCUACGAUAAGGCGAAAAUCGAUCUGGUCCUGAUCGGCUCUUCCAUGAACCUCAAGGACUAUUGGGAGAGCGGCGAGUGGGCCAUCAUCAAAGCCCCAGGCUACAAACACGACAUCAAGUACAACUGCUGCGAGGAGAUCUACCCCGACAUCACAUACUCGCUGUACAUCCGGCGCCUGCCCUUGUUCUACACCAUCAACCUCAUCAUCCCCUGCCUGCUCAUCUCCUUCCUCACUGUGCUCGUCUUCUACCUGCCCUCUGACUGCGGUGAGAAGGUGACCCUGUGCAUUUCUGUCCUCCUCUCCCUGACGGUGUUUCUCCUGGUGAUCACUGAGACCAUCCCUUCCACCUCGCUGGUCAUCCCCCUGAUUGGAGAGUACCUCCUGUUCACCAUGAUUUUUGUAACCUUGUCCAUCGUCAUCACCGUCUUCGUGCUCAACGUGCACUACAGAACCCCGACGACACACACAAUGCCCUCAUGGGUGAAGACUGUAUUCUUGAACCUGCUCCCCAGGGUCAUGUUCAUGACCAGGCCAACAAGCAACGAAGGCAGCGCUCAGAAGCCGAGGCCCCUCUAUGGUGCCGAGCUCUCAAAUCUGAAUUGCUUCAGCCGCGCAGAGUCCAAAGGCUGCAAGGAGGGCUACCCCUGCCAGGACGGGAUGUGUGGUUACUGCCACCACCGCAGGAUAAAAAUCUCCAAUUUCAGUGCUAACCUCACGAGAAGCUCUAGUUCUGAAUCUGUUGAUGCUGUGCUGUCCCUCUCUGCUUUGUCACCAGAAAUCAGAGAAGCCAUCCAAAGUGUCAAGUAUAUUGCUGAAAAUAUGAAAGCACAAAAUGAAGCCAAAGAGAUUCAAGAUGAUUGGAAGUAUGUUGCCAUGGUGAUUGAUCGUAUUUUUCUGUGGGUUUUCACCCUGGUGUGCAUUCUAGGGACAGCAGGAUUGUUUCUGCAACCCCUGAUGGCCAGGGAAGAUGCAUAAGCACUAAGCCGUGUGCCUGCCUGGGAGACUUCUUUGUGUCAGGGCAGGAGGAGGCUGCUUCCUAGUAAGAACGUACUUUCUGUUAUCAAGCUACCAGCUUUGUUUUUGGCAUUUCGAGGUUUACUUAUUUUCCACUUAUCUUGGAAUCAUACAAAAAAAAAAAAGUCAAGAGUAUUUAUUACCGAUAAAUGAACAUUUAACUAGCCUUUUUGGUAUGGUAAAGAGAUGUCAAAAUGUGAUUCUAUGUGAUUAGUAUGCUAUGCUAUGGAAUAUACAUGUAAAAAUGUUUCCUUUUAGUUGUUGAAACAAAACUGGAUAGAAAAAUGCUGUUCAGAAAUAUGAAAAGUCAUUCAGUUAUCACUACACAUCUCCCAGUAAUUUUUCUUAUUUAGCCCAUAAUCUCUUUGAAGGUUUAUACUAAUUCAGCAAUCCCCCAUCGUUACCCAUUUCUUACCAUGCAUUUCUCGUUCUUUACUGGGUCUAAAGGGCUAUGCCUCCGUUUCAGAGAGCUUCAACUACUUCUCUUGCAUACUUCUAAAUUAUACCAUGAGAAAUCAUGCCUAGUUAUUCAUUGUUAAUAUAACUGUCUUACUACACCAUAAACUGGGUGGAUUAUAAACAACAGAAAUUUCUCAGUUUUGGAGGUUGGGAGGUCCAAGGUCAAGGCACCAGCAAAUUUGGUGUCUGGUGAGGGUCCUCUUCCUCAAAGGGUGCCUUCUAGCUGUGUCCUCACAUGACUGGAGUAGCUACCUCUGUGGGGUCUAUUUUAUAAGGGCACUAACCCCAUUCAUGAGAGCAGAGCCCCCAUGGCCUAAUCACCUUUCCAAGGCCCCACCUUCUAUCUAAGACAAUCACGCUGGGAUUAGGUUUCAACAUAUGAAUUUGGGGAGGACACAUUUGGACCACAGCAUGAACCUUUAGAACAGGGUUUCUCAGCCUUAGCACUAUGGACAUUUUGGACUGGAUAAGUAUGUGUUGGUACAGAGUGGGGGUAUCCUAUGCAUUGUAGGAUCUUUAGCAGUACCCUAGCCUCAACUCACUAGAUGCCAAUGACAUACCUUGCUUCUUCACCAGUUACGAUAACGAAGAAUGUCUCCAUUGUUAAAUGUCGCCUUAGGAGCAAAAUUGCCCCUGGUUGAGAAACAUUGCUUUAGACAAAUUGUUAAGAGUAUCAUGUACUACACUUCUGAAACUUAACAUGAUCAUCACCACUGACAGAUGAUUCACAGAGACUGUUUGAAUCUUGUCUCACUAGUUUUUCCUGUGCAAAAAUAAAAUGGACAGAAUUGCAGCCCGCUGUGACUCAUGUUUCAAUAAGUCAAAAGAAAGAUGUCGAUAAAAAUUUAUAUAUAAAAAUCAUAAGUAACAGUAAUGGUAGUAUAAGAGGGAUCAGGGAUGUAUAUGAACUAAGGUAGGUAGCUGGCAGGCAAUCUAAAUUCAUCACACCAGGCUUUCACUCAUUAAAUGGCAUUAAACACCUGCCUACGAUUAAAUGCAAAUUAGAUAGGGUCUCCUCUGCCUUCCAAAGAGCAUUGGCUUGAACUUAGAUAGGUUACUUAUUAUAAAUAAAUGAGGUGUUUGUUUGUGAUCUCAACAGCUAAGAGUUCUAAAUUGAACAGAGGGUUUCUGUCAGUGUUCGCUACCUGGUCACACCUGAAGUGGUGACAUUUAGAGAUGGAAUUUAACUGUUUUAACUGUGAUACAUUAUACUGUACUAAAUCAUUUACGCUAUACUAGUAAUAGGCUAAGAUUUAUUACAUCUAAAGGCCCUUGCAACUCUAAGAUUCUAUUAUUGUAAUUGUUAGAAUGAAGGAGAGAAAACUGAAAUAUUACAGGUACAUAACAGUGUGCAUAUACCAAGUUAGAAUACUGUGUUUCAUAUUAGAAGAUUGUUUUCUCACAGAAUGAUUUAGACCAAAAUAUGUUUGAGACAGAGUUUUGCUCUUGUUGCCAGGCUGGAGUGCAAUGGUGCAGUCUCGGCUCACUGCAACCUCCACCUCCCAGGUUCAAGCGAUUCUCCUGCCUCAGCCUCUUGAGUAGCUGGGACUACAGGCGCCUGCUACCAUGCCCGACUAAUUUUUUGUACUCUUAGUAGAGACGGGGCUUCACCAUGUUGGUCAGGCUAGUCUCGAACUCCUAACCUCUGGUGAUCCACCUGCCUCAGCCUCCCAAAGUGCUUGGAUUACAGAUGUGAACCACUGCCCCCGGCCCUAAAUAUGUUUUUUAAAUGGGGUUCAUGUAAUUGUAGUGGACUGACUAUUCUAAGAUCAAGGAUAAAGAGAUACUACCACAAUUUACAUAGAAGAUGGUUCUAUUAAUUGUGGGAAAUGUGGACAAGAGGAUUGAAAUUAAUGUUAAGGAUAUGCUACUGCGUGUCCACAGGAGUUGUCUACUGUAUGACUUUACAGUGGAAGCUAAGCUACAGAAAUAGUUAACACAAUAAUUAUUAAGUUUAAGCAUCUAAAGAAUAAAGUAAGCCUUAAAGGAGUUCCC